GUGUCGACGACAGAUGUUCAAGGAAUCUUUGGUCUCCUGGUCGCCAUUUUGUGGACGGAAAGUAGUACGCAAUUAGAAAGUUGAGAAGAUUGUGAUUAAAUAUGAUGUAUUCGUUCAGAAUUUAAAUUUUUAUUUCUUUUCGUGAGGGACAGUGGCUUUGGCUUUAGGUUAGUUGUAGCAAUAGGAGGAGUGUAAGCCGUUAGCACCGCCCUGGUGUUAGUCAUCGUUGCGAGAGCUAUGCUCCGUAGAACAUCGUAAUAAAAAAAAAAGAGACUGGAGAGUAAUUCAGCGAACCGUUGUAGGUGAUUGUUCAAGAAAGAAGAUAAUUUUCAUAUCUCGCAAAUAGAAAGGAACAAAUACCUAUAAUAUCGUGGCAUAAAGCAAUGAUAGACUGCGAACAAGCAAUAUUUGUGUAUAAAAACCAUUGCUCGCAGCAGUUGAAAUAUAUCGUCCUUCAACCUAAAGGAGACGGUGGGCUGUACUACAGAUCUGUCAUCACAACCAAGAUUUCCAUGUUGAUGAAAAAUUACUAGCUAUGUCAACAAACCAAGAGGCGCCAAGAUGAGUGUCAUCAUAAGACUACAAAACCUGCCAUGGUCGGCAAAUGCUCUCGACAUCCGCCAGUACUUCCGCGGCCUGUCCAUCCCAGAGGGCGGCGUGCACAUCGUGGGCGGCGAGCAGGGCGACGCCUUCAUCGCUUUCAGCACAGACGAGGAUGCACGACAGGCAAUGCUAUCUGAUGGGGGCAAGAUCAAGGAGGUCAAAAUCAAACUGCUGCUCAGCUCCCGUGCCGAAAUGCAGAAGGUCAUUGAGCACGCUCGCCAGCAGUCGAUGUCGUUACACAGCUUUAUGCAGAUGCCUGCACCCCCUCUAUCUCAGGCUCUCAGUACACUUAUGGGCUCCCUCCCAGGAGCAGCUCCAGGUGCUGGAGUCAAUAUGGGCAUGAACAUCUCAGGAGGAGCACUGUCAGGAGCUGCAACUCUGGGGCUUGGAGGAGGUGGUAUGGGGCCGCUAGCUGCUGGGACUGUACCACCACCCACAUCAGUGGCAGCCGCCUUAGGUAUAGCUCCACCACCGCACCAUACACUUUCUGGGAUGCAACCACCUCCACAGCAGCCACCACUGCACCAACCACCACCACAGCAGCAGCCACCUCCAAAUCAACAACAGCCACCGCAGCAGCAACAGCAGCAGCAUCAUCAGCAGCAUACAUCAGUGCCAACAUCAACUACAGCGCCUUUGUCACAUUCACAGCAAGUAAUGUCCGGACCUCUCCUCGAUACUGUGGGGCUUGACCCCAAGACCAUGGGCCGCACACCACAACCAGAUGCUGAUACUGCCAGCACUGGCAGUGGCCGUGAUCGUGAACGAUCUCGUAAAGACCGUUCUAGGUCCCGUGAAGGUGAUAGGCGCAAGGAUCGUGAUCGUGAUCGUGAAAGGGAUCGCCAUCGUGAUCGAGACCGCGAACGUGCAGGGCGUGGACGUAGGGAGCGAUCUCGCUCCAGAGAACGACGCAGUCGUCGUGAUCGUCGUGAUAGAUCACGUUCUCGUUCCCGCUCUCGCUCUCGUGACAGGAGCAGCAGGUCUCACAAACGUGGUGAUGGAGAUUCAGAUAAAGAGCAAAAUGGUGGACCUGACGUCGUCAUCAUGGGAUCAUAUACUAAAGAAACAACACCAGUUGCCACCUCUGCAGCAGUUCCAGAAACUGCCAAGCUAGCGCCAGCAUGGGAAACUCAAUCUGGUGUGCAGAUAGUUGCAGAGAUAGAUUCACGGCGCCUGCAGACACAACAGCCUCAGGUACCACAACAUCAGCAGACUAUGCCAGUAGUUGCACGUCGUCCCCAGGCUGCACCAGCGGGCCCCUACAGUAGUGGUGCCCUCACUGAUAAUCCAUAUCUGCGUGCUGAACUUGCUGCUGUGGCGGUAGCUGCCAGAGCACGUGGUGAAGCAUGGGCUGCACAACAGCAGCAGCAACAGCAGCAACAACAUCAACAGCCACAACAGCAAGCAACUGCCAGGGCUCCUACAGUCCAGGCAGCAAUGCCAUCACCAACAGCUGUCGGUGGAAACUCUCGCUUCCAAACCAUGCAGCAGCGUCCCUAUCCGGGAACUAAUGUGCCAGAUGCUGCCAGUGGAGAAGAUUUCCUGCAGAAUGACUAUGACCAUGUUGGUGGUGGCGGAGCUGUGCUUGGACGAGGUGGAGCAGGCUUCCGGGGUGGCAGUUCUUAUCGAAGACCAGGACCUGCAUACCAGGGCCCUGUGGCAGGGACAGGCAGUGGCAGAGGCACAGAUCGUGGGCUUAUUAAUGCUCCAGAGCGGAGACCAUUAGCUGGGCCCUAUCAGGGUGACAGAAGGGGAAAUUACCGUGAACAGGAGUAUCAUCGAGGUGGUGCCGAUCGCUUUGAUGGAUUUGACCGUGGAGCAACAGCUGGUAGUAAUAGCUAUGGUGGUCAGCUUCUCUCCCGUCCACCUGGUUUUGGUACAGAUCGUUUUGGAAGGGACAGGUUUCCUAACUCACCUGGAAACUAUGAGCACAAUAGAGUGUCUCAUUCAGGGCUUUGUGUAGAGAUUAGACACAUGCCGCCAGAGGCGAGCUAUGUUGAUGUGAAGCGUUUUUUCUCAGGCCUAUAUGUUGCAGGAAAUGCCAUUAAAAUCAUCAACGACAACCAUGGCAAUCGUGUUGGUAUGGCUUAUGUUAGAUUCACCAAGGGAGAAGACAAGGAACGAGCACUUUCCUUCAAUGGGAAGCCUUUACGUGGCUCACUUGUGGAAGUUCUGCAUCUUGAUGAUGAUAUAUUUGAAAAAGCCAUAGACUCUUAUCGACCACCUCGAGAGUCCAAACAAGCACGUGGAUCAGCUGAUAAUCCAGAUGGUCGCCCUGACUUGGAACAGUUCGUAUGCCUUCGGGUGUCAGACUUGCCACCAUAUGUUAAGGAGCAAGACAUCUUCAAGCUCUUUGAGGGUUACACUGUUGUUGAAGUGGUUAUGUCAAUUACACCAAGAGAACUGACUGGUGCUAAGGACUUCAAAGCUUAUGUUAAGUUCAGCAAGCAUGAGGAUGCGAAAAAGGCUCUAUACUCGUCAAAUAAACACAUUAUAGGACAUAAGAAAGUAAGUGUGUGGCCUUGCCCUGUGGACGAGUUAGUGGAAGCUCGAAAACAGCAGAAUGGAUUUGAUGAUGAUAAGGUGACUGAUAUGGAUGUAGAGGAGGAGGUUCCUACAACUAUUGCAGAAACUGUGACAACAGAGCCUCCCCCAGUCAGUGUUGCGCCCCCCACCCACAGUUCAUCUUCAGCACCUCCUACAUCACAAACUGUAUCAUCUGAAAGUCCAAGUGCUUCACCAGUGACUACAGCACAAAGCAGUACCACCAACAGUUCAACUGUUACUUCGUCUCCUGCAACAAUCUCUCCUGCAACGACUACUGCAUCAGUUACCACUGCCACAAACCAAGGGCCUACACCCACACCAGCACCUUCACAACAGCCACUGCCCAUAGUGAACACAGAUUGUGCUCUCUUGCAGGGCCUGCCACCAACUACAACAGACCGCGAAAUCUUGGACUUCUUCUCAGAUGUGGGCCUUGUGCCACUUCGCAUUCACAUAAUGCUGGACAAGUAUGGCAAAGCUAAUGGUGAUGCAUUCCUUGAAUUUGCAACUACACCCGAAGUUGCACGUGCACUUAGUAAGGAUGGAACUUUGCUUGGCCCAAAUGAAGUUCGUGUUCAACCUGUGUCUCGACUUGAACUGCAAGAAGCACUUGGUUGGCAAGUCCCUCCUUCAAGACCACCUUCAAGAGGACCUGUGCGUGCUGCCAGACCUGGCCUCUUAGGUGCUGCACCAGGAACUCCGCAUCGCCCACAGCUGUUGCCCCGCCACAACCCUCAUCACCCACAUCACAAUCCCCACCAUCCCCAUCACCCUCUUGGACCCCCUCAUCACAAUCCUCACCACCCUCACCAUCCACAACAUGUAGAUGCAUUUGGAAAGCCAGGUUGUGUUCUUGCUCUCGAAAACAUUCCAUUUCGUGCAGAUAUUGAUGAAAUUCUUGAUUUCUUUGCUGAUUAUGGAGUAACGAGGGAGAAUGUUAUCAGACGAUAUACAGAAGGAGGUAUGGUAACAGGUGACGCUCGUGUAGCACUUCCCUCACCUGCUGAAGCACAGCGAGCUCUGCGAGAACUUCGUUAUUGCAAGAUGCGAGGACGGCCUAUAUUCAUGAAGCUUUACUGAUGUUGUGAGUGUGACCUAGUGGGCUGUGUGGACUUGACUGAGAAUGUGGAACUAAAAACACAGUAAAAACAAUUUCAAGUGUCUGUGGAGUCUGAAUCAAGACAUGUUCUGCCUAAUGUAAUGUGAAUUGUUUUCUUAUUUUUUGAUUAAUGAAACUGUAUUCAGAUCUGAACGAGUGUGAGUAGCCCACUAUACUAAAAUAUUCACUCUAUAAUGUCCAUUCCCCAUUGAUUGGAUAUUAUUUUCUUUGUCAGUGCCAUAGGAUUUAUACGGGUUUUGAAAUAAGUGAAUCCAAGUAUAAGAACAUAAAAGUUUCGAAGUUUUGUAUAGUAUGGAACAAUUAAACCACUAACAUAACAAAGUGUGGUUUUGAUAUUCAUUAAAUAACAGUAUAGUGUUUGUAAAAAAGCUGUUUUCCAUUCAUUUUUCUCUUGAUUGAUUUGAUGUGAUUUGUUUUCACUUGCCACUUGGGAUAUCAUAAACUGAUCACUCCAGACUGCUUUGAAGAUGGAGGCUAAUUCAUUUCAACCAUCUUCUGUGGGCCUGGUUUAAAAUGAAUAAUAGCUUGCUUGUGAUUGUAAUGCCUUUAAAGUUUACAAUAUUUUUUCACAUAUCAUGAUUUGUCUUUUUAACAAUCUGGACAAGUCAAUGUAUUAUGUUAAAAGUUACAAUUUUUUGUACGUGGGCAUGCACAGACAAAUUUAGUUUAAGGUACGACAUUAAGAGAAAAGUCAAUGUAAAGAAGAAGAAAAGGGGAGGGGCAGAGGCCAAUAAUAUGACAUUUUAAAUACACAUACUUUUGUAUAUUAAUCACUGCAUCAGACUGAUAAUUAAGUUCUAGUUAUUAGUUUCACAGUAGUUUCAGCAUAAAAAGUGUUAGUGACACUGUGAUCUAGUAUCAUUCCAAGUGUGUUUGACAUAUUGUCAUUUAUCAUUUGUAUUUUUUGUUACAUGAGAUUUUAGAAUGUUUGUACAUAUAACUAUGUAUAUUAGUGUGUGUGUGUGUGUGUGUGUGUGUGUGUGUGUGUGUGUGAGAGAGAGAGAGAGAGAGAGAGAGAGAGUAUUGAUAAAUGUGGAUGUACAGUGAAUGUAAAUAAUGAACAUGUAAAUAACUAAAGAAAAUUUCCUAACUGGCCACUUUUUGGUCUAAGGAUACCACAUAAGUCGUUAGCAAAGAUAUCCUCAUUUACUUUUCUUUGUAAUGUUUGAUAACAUUUAGGGAGUGCAGCAAUAACUGAGUUGUUACUUGUUUACAGUGGCACAUCUCAAGUAAAAAUACCCAAUAAAUCUUCAAAAAAUGAUAA